AGAAGACGAAGAAAGGAGGGGGCAGCAGGAGGCUGGUGACAGCUGAAGUAAACCGCUCCCCCAACAGCAGUCAGUAAACUGGAUGAAACGGUUACGAUACCGGACAGGAGGUUGAUGGACAUGGAGUAGUACAUUUCUCGAUUCACGGAACGCACCUUUAUUAACAACGCUGAAUCCCAAACACUUAUCGCUCAGUUUGCGGUACCCAGGUGUCGCCGUCCCAGGUCAUGUUACGGUUUGCUGCAAACUAAGUGAACGGCACUGUUGCUUCGAGUUUAGCAUAUGUACCGUUAACGCUGGGUGUUAGCGAGGUAACAUCGGUGUUUACGGUGGCGUCGAGUCGCACGUUUGCUGAAGCCUGUCACGCUCUCGACACAAGACCAGGUGGUGGAGAGUUCGGUAAAGAUGGGCGACAUCGACCCAUCGACAUCUCACGCUUUUCAGUCGGAGGAUUUCAGUCCACCAUACAGGAGGAGGAGGACGGUGGAGGAUUUUAACAAAUUUUGCACUUUUGUCUUGGCUUACGCCGGUUACAUCCCAUACCCCCAGGAGGACUCUCCACUGCGCAGCAGUUCCAGUCCCCCCAACAGUACAGGCAGCACAGCUGACAGUGAUGGCUGGACCCCUGGACCAUCACCCUCGUGCCCUCAGCGCCCCCCAAAGGUCCCUCAAGACAGGAACAGGAAGCGUCCACAGCCAGGAGCCACUCUGUCCAGUCAUGCCAAGAAAGAUCAAAAGCUCACUACCCUCCACCCAGAUGACCGCAGGAAAGCUGACAAGCUGAAGAAGAAGAAGAGGAGGAAGGAGAGGGAGCAUCAAGUGUGUGAGGAAAAUGAGGCUCAGCUGGCCCACUCGACACCUACAGAUGCAGAGAUGCGGGUCCCUGUGUCCUUUGGGGGCCGAACGAUCAAAGAAGAGCCUGAAGACGAUUUCAGCAUUCCACUUCACCCUCAGAGUCUGCCUAGCCCUGUGCUCUGCAAGGAGGAGCCCAAGGAUGACCGUCGAUCCUGGGACGGUCGAGAUCUUGAAGAAGGAGUUGUAAAGGUACAGAAGGUGGAGGGCUUAGCAGGAAGCAGAACCGUGUUCCGCCAGGGGAAACAGGUGGUGUUCAGGGACGAAGAUGGAUCGGGAGAGGACGAGGAUAUCAUGGUAGACUCAGACGACGACUCGUGGGACCUGGUCACAUGUUUCUGCAUGAAGCCUUUUGCAGGUCGGGCCAUGAUAGAGUGCAACAAGUGUAACACCUGGAUCCACCUCUCUUGUGCGAAGAUCCGCAAGAGCCACGUGCCAGAGUCAUACAUCUGCCAGAGCUGCCGGGAUUUGCACGGAGUCCCGGACGCCCGCCGCUCCCACCGCUCACGCAUAGGCCCGCGCAAACACCUGCUGGAUUGACCUCGAGCCGCAUCCUGAACUUUGAACACUUCCUCUUCUGCGUCUCCUCCGCCGUUUGGACUGAUCCUUCCUCUGUAUCAGGUCCUGGACCUCUCAGUCUCUCUGUCCCUCGUGUUCAGCCACUUUCUAUAUACACUUUUGUGGACCUAUCCCAAGCCCUUAGUCCGUUUGAAAACAGAAUAGAAUUACUAAGGUGUGUUUCUGCUUCCCUACAGACUCUGCGUAAGGCAAUCACUGAAUGGAAGUCUGUCUGUAGAUGACGUUAGCAUAGCAGCAAACUGCUACUGUUGGAAUAUGGUGUCUUUUGAACACUGGAAACAAUUGAACUGCCAUAGAGAGAGGGAGAGUAGAGAGAAUAUCCUCACAACUGCCACCCACUCUGGUGCAUGCUGGGUUCUGUGGGAAAGACUGUUUGCACUUUUUUCUCACUUUUUUUCUUAGUUUUAAAAUCCAUCUGACAGGUUUGUCCUUUCUGAUGAAACUGGAACUCGACGUCUCUUACGAUGCCUCUUUUAAUGUUACACAGUUCACCCUUCAAACGGAUGAGAUGGCAAGUUAAGUCUUGUGUAAAAUGCUUCAGAUGGUGCUAUAGUAUUAAGCUGAGGUAUAAUCCAAUAGAACAAAGGUGUAGGAUAAGAGACAAGAGGCUGUAUCUGCUUAAACUCUUUAUGUUGUGUUAUUUAAGUCACUGUGAAAGAGACAUCGUUGAGGUUCUAAAGCCCAUAUGACCCAACUAAACGCCUGUUUCUUUUCUUUCACAAGUCGUCUUCCAGCCUCGGCUACUUGUCGGAAUCAAAAAGCUACUCUGCCAUAUGUGGAGGUUCCUCAUGCUGUUUUCCCCAAAAAUGUUAAAAUGAUGUUCCUUAUGUUAUUUUAUAGUUAAAAAAAACACAUAAUGUUCGAGAUUUAUCCAAAAUAUUCAGUGAAAGUGUUCAGCUCAUGUUAAAGCUGUACUAUUCACAAAUACAGGUUUUUUUUGUGGUUUUUUCUAAAGCUACUUUAGUUUGCAGAUGUUUCACGCACAAGACAAGGUUUUCAGAGACAAAUAUUUAUAAAAGGGAACUCCUGUCGCCGUCCUGUUGGCAGAGAAAAGCUAUCUAAACUGGAACAGUAGUGAGAAGAGUGAUAAGAUAAGAGUCCAGUUGAAAUUAUGCAUGUGAGUGUGUUUGUCUGAAUGGUUAACACUGUGACGGUGUUGCAUGUGCUACUAUGACUCAUCUCAGCUAAGCCCUGAGGUUUGCGUUUGUCUGUUAAGGGUCAGAUCAGAAGAACAGACCUUGGUCUCUUUACAACUCUCGCUCAACUUUUCACUGCAGUAUUCAGUUACUUCCAUGUGCAGCAAGUUUAGUGGGAACAAAAUGUUAGUUUUUCCUUUUAGGACAUUGUCUUCCGUAAACUUGCUGCAGCCUGGAGGAAAAUUUAAAGCUUUGUUCUACAUGUGCCAUCUGCUGUUAGGCUAGGUAUUGUUACUAAUUAUAUAAAAGCCAUACUGAAAAGUGACAGAUUUUAGACUCAGAACCUUGGAUAUUAGUCCAGGACGGGUUUUUUUUACAAUGCAGAAUCAAUGACUCGACCAAGGAACGAUUAACACUCCGAAUGAACGCUUGGCUUGUAAGAACUAAAGUGGUUAAUUCUAUCGUCUGCUGGUUUCUGCAAAUGUUGGUUAACUGGUUUGUGCCCAGCAAUCACCUCUGUGUUUACGACCUUUCUCAGGACAUUCAUGUCUUGAUGCGAAUCUUAAAAACACCUUCAGGCACAGGAUCCCUGACAUUAAUCUGCAUCAUAAAGACAUUGGAUUUAAUAAUGUCAACAGUGCUCAUUGUGAUCUUGCUCCUUGAUUCCAAUCCUGGCUUUUCUUAUCCACUUAUUGAGAAAGCGUUGUCUGUACUGUGGUGCAAACUGUUUCUGUGAAACUAUUGUAAACUAUUGUAAAUAAAGAGUUACCAUUUUAA